AUGUCGCGGGAUAUUUCUCUGGUUAUAACUGGUUCUCGUAUUCUUACUUCUGACUCAAUUAAUCCUUUGCCCGCUACGAUCGAAAUCGAUAAACAUGGACAUAUCAGUGCUAUUGUCAACAAAAAAUCAUCUUUUGAUUCUUAUGCUUUUCUAGAAAAUGAUAAAUUCAUCGAUGCUGGUGACAAUCUUGUUAUGCCUGGAAUUGUUGAUACUCAUGUUCACUUGAAUGAACCUGGCAGAACUGAUUGGGAAGGUUUUGAAAGUGGAACUAAAGCUGCCGUUGCUG